CAGAUGGUCGCCCUCAAUGACAGGGAAGUAGCAGGCGUUGGAACAAAGAGAAAAGGUGCAAUGUGCAAAUGGAGGAUGUGAUUUUUGGACCGUCAUUGUGGGAGACGCAACUUCCCCUGUGUGAAAGACGUGUGCGACCGAACAUGUGGCAGAGACGAAGACACAAAGAUAAAUAACAGGACUGUUAUGGAGGUUUGAGCAAUGCUUUCAGGGCUUUGGUGAACUGGAGAAAGACUCCAUUCACCGUGAAUCCCUGAUCUGCACCGUCACCAUCGGCUUGAAACAACAGACUGAGGGUGAGUCGGGAAAAGCUGUGGCAACUGGCGUGAACACAUUUAAUCAGAAUCUCCUGCAGGUGACACCAACUUUACAGCCCUCACUGCAAAACUGCUGUGCAGGUUCAGAACCACAUCUUUAUGAGCAAGUUUCCUCUGUAGUGAGUGUAAAACAAAGCUGCACUGAAGUCUCACACAGCCACUUGAUUCACAUUCUGAAGUUGGCUCCAUUCAGGAUGUGACGCCUGUUAUUGAUGCGAUGGUGAAAGCUGAAGGCCAGGUAUCAGUCGAAUCUCUGUAAAGAGCUGCACGAGAUGUGAGACUAUGAAUCACUGAGGCGUUGUGUGUUUGUGUUCCUCAGAAUUUUCAAAUAACUUAAGGUACUUUAUGAUUAAUAGUGAAGUUUGCAUUAUUUUGGACACACUGUCCUCAGGCUCCAGCUUUAUUUUUUAUGUGGAUCAUAUUAAAACAAAGAAAACAAUCUAAAGUUUUUGUUUUGAAAUGAUAUUUUCCAUUAUUUUACCAGUCUGACCCACUUGGGAAUAGAUGUUCCUUCCAUGGAAGGUUUGACCUGGAGGAAUGUUGUCCCCAUGUCUUUUCUUUCCUACCUACCUUUUGGUCUUUGUCCAGUAAAAUAUUGUUACAUACUGUGUUUUAAAGGUAGAUAAACCAGACUGGAAGGAGAACCAUAGCUUCCCUUCAGAUACUUCUUCUUUCUGUUUAAGUGUCGAUAAACCAGCAGCCAAUGGGGUUGUGGUGAUAACUUGUCAUAAUGUAAUUGGUGGCUCCGCAGGACAGAAUAAUAUAAAAAUGAGCCAAACCCUCAGCAGAGCAGAGACUGGAAGGACUCUGAGGACCAUGGCUUCUCUUCAGAUACUUCUUCUCCUGUGUAUCACUGUUUCAGUGAGCGCAGCUGGACAUCUGCAGAAAAGAAUCUACGGAGGUAGAAACUGCUCCCCAUCUGAGCGUCUGUACCAUGUCAGACUAAGACCAUAUGAUGGUAAAGGUUAUUAUACCUGUGGUGGCUCUCUGAUCAGUGAUCAGUGGAUUCUGACUGCAGCUCACUGCUGGAAUACGUCAUGGACUUCUGGUGCUAUGAAUGUGAUUGUAGGAGUUCAUCCAGGUAACAAUAAGAAGGAAAUGGAAAUAAAUCAAGCAGACAUAAUCCCUUUUAAAGACACAAACAAUAAUGUUCAUGACAUCAUGUUACUGCGGCUGCCUAAGAAAAUCACAGGCAUCAAACCCAUAAAGCUUCCUAAGUGCUCUGCCAAAUAUGAGCCUAAAAUAAAUGACUUGGUUGAAGUAGCAGGGUAUGGCAAUUGUCAAUUAAACGCAACGUAUCAUGAAGUGAAAAUUCAACCAGCAAAACUCCAAUGUGCACAGAUGAAAGUUGAGGACUGUAUGAAAGGUCAAGCAUCAAUACAGGAAUGUAAACCAAAUGAGCCAUUUGAAAACUGGCUUUGUGCAAAACCCUAUGCAGGGGAAACGUGUCGAGGCGACUCUGGUGGUGGAGUGGUGUUCAAUAACAGGAUACACGCUGUUGUCUCAGUUGGCCCUGAAUGUCAUAAUAAUCGUGGGACAUUUGGGUACUUGAAGGUCUGUCCCUACAUGAAAUGGAUCAAAAACACCCUCAAAGAAAGAAAACGGGACAAGAAAAGAAAAUUCUGGGAAGGAAUUGUAAAUAAAAUGGGUUUCACAGAGAGUUCAGCGAUGGUUCUACAGAACAGAGUCAUUGGAGGUCAACAGUGUGAGCGUCCGUAUCACGUCAGACUGAGAGCCGUCAGCGCUGGUGGAGCUUCCAGCUCGUGUGGAGGCUCUCUGAUCAGUAAACGCUGGGUUCUGACAGCAGCUCACUGUCUGAAGCCGGGGCGAGGAGGUCCAGCCCAGGAAAUUAAAAUUACUGCAGAAGCUGAGAUCUUCACCGAUAAAGACAUCAACAACAACAUCAGGUCACACGACAUCAUGUUACUGCAGCUUCCGACCCCCACUGACGUUCAGCCUGUAGCACUACCUGACUGUGAAUGCAGCCCUGAAAUAAGUCAUUCCACAGUCCACAUAGCCGGACACGCUGCCACCACUGGAGGCCCCAACAAUGAACGAAGACCAGGCUCCUCAUCCAACCUCCAUUGUGCAGACAUACAAGUUGUCGACUGUGAAAACCUCAAAACAAGGCUGCAGUUAAAUUUCCCACAGGUCCACAAAGUCAAGGAGAACCAGCACUGGUUCUGUGGACGCUCUCCUGGAGUCGACAUAUGUUACGGAGACUCCGGUGGAGGAGUGGUGUUCAAUGACAGACUUUAUGGAGUCAUCUCUUUUCUUGGUGAUCCUGAGUUUGUUUGUGUCAGAGCAGCUGCAUUCAUGGACCUCUGUAAUCCACAGUACACAACUUGGAUCAAGAAAAUAAUCACUUGACAUGAAACAGUCUAAGAUAUUGUACGGUUUGAGCACCAGUAACAGCAGAUACUAGCAGCGCUAAAACCUCUGAACACUGAACAAACACUGAGCACUACUGGGCUGGACUGUAGUGUGUGACUGCAGCAGGAACAGCACAAAUCCACUGGGUGCAUGUGGGUGUUUGUGUGGUGGUUCAGGCUCAGUGCUGUAGGUGUAAAGGUUGGACUGAGGAAUUCAGAGGUGACUUGAACUCCUACAUUACAAACCUGGAUGUCGACACCAAAUACUGCAUGUUGUACUGGUUCAACUGUUAAAACUUCUGACUUGUUUUGUUUUUGCUUUUACUGAACUUGUUAAAAUGUUUAUUGUACAAAAAUAUAUGAAUCAUAAUCAAUGGAAAAAGGCUCCAUGCAAAGCUACAGAAGCACAGGUUAUUUCUGAGUUUCCUGCUUCUGUUACUACAUCUCUAUAAAUCUCACUCUCAUGUGCUUCAGAGCAGACAAAGCUUGAACCUGACUGGUGAGUUUAGAACACAUUAAGGCUUAUCAAGUGCAGAGUCACUACUGAUCCUAAUCAGAGCUGUCGGCCUGAGGUCCUGAACCAUCAAGUGGAGGAUAAUGUGGUUGAAAAGGCUGCAGAGCAGACGUCACCUUUACUGGCGGCUGUUUGACAUAUGGAUUAGAGUAGAAACUAGAUUCACUAUAGACUCACUCUCCUCAGAUAAAUAAAGCGCUUUAAACCUGUUUCUACUGUAUGACACGUAGCGUGUGGUGAACUAUUAAGUACAGUAUUUAUUAUAUGCUUCAGUUGUUUGAGUGAGUAGUUGAGGAGCAAAUCUACUGUAUUACUGCUUGAGGUUGCUUUUGACAGAACAUUAAAGAACAUUUAUUGAAUUUUA